AUGACAAUUCCCAGAAAGUGUUUAGAAUUGAUCUUCAAUCACAUCGUGUUGCCUCCCCGACUCCCCAGUGAACACGACAGUGCUGUGCAUAAUAUUGAUAGACACAUUGCACAGCAUGCCUUGAACGCAACAAAUACACUCCUGGGAGCGUCCGAAAGUGACCACAGGAACGUAUGGGAUAGAGUGAAAGUAUCGCUAGACCUCUGCCAUGCAGUCCACAAAAAUGGUCAUGUAGACCGUUUCGCUCUCAUGGAGGCGUUUUCGAUAAUGGAGAAAGACGUGGGGAUGAUCCUUUACAUAGAAAAGCAGAAUUCCGGACUCUAUAUCCAGCAGGUGAAAGGGGAUGACGGUGUGGAACAAGUGGUUUUUGAAGCCUUCGAAGCCUCUCCAGCUGCGGAAAGUGUCCUCGAAUGCCAAGAUGCCCUACAAUGCGACUUUCCUGGGGGCGCGGUGUCCAUUCCAAUGGCUCGGUUCAAAGAACAAUCUUUCCAGGAGCGUCUAGCAAUAUUUCUGGACCAGGCAAGUGAGGAACGGAUUGAGCGAUUCGCAGCCAGAGCGCGAAAAGCGGGAGCAUCUCUGAUAGAAGCCCGCGACACCCCCAAACCGCAUUUGAUAACACAGAUGCUCAUGACACUCCUAGAGGCACAGGGUUCCCAGAUGUCGGUCCCAAAGCUUCGCAAAAGGGUAAGGGAUGAUGUCUGCUGGACGAACGCUUAUGUUCCUUGGCGCAGGAACCCGUUGUAUUUGGUUAUUCGAGUCUGUAUACAGAGAUUUCUCUACUCCCUGCAUGGUCCUGAGAUUGGGCGGGUGUAUUACAAGUUUCUUAUUUGUGCUAUCCACGCUCAAUUACUUCAAGAGGCUAUGGACGUACUGCCCGUGGAGUCAUGUCAUUUGCUCGUCGCAAAGCUAUCCCGGCGCCUGGCCAAGCUGGAGGUUGAGAGACAAGCUUUAAGAGGGGCAUCAUAUCGAGUGGCCGAAAAUUCAUUUCAAAGUCAUGGAUCUUGGUUUCAGGCUGUCAUUCACGGAGCUACGGGAAUAAUGGAAGAGAAGUGGGUUUCCUUCAAGAGCACUGUCCAGAAGCGCAUCCCAGCCCUGCCUCACCGAGCGCAUCAGCAUGAUCUUCACUUGCAGCUUCCGAACAGUGGUCCUCAUCUUCGCCAGCUCCUUUCACGACCCAAACCUGUCCGUGCGAAAGAGCCUCGACGAACCGCUAAUGUAAAUGUCGACAAUGUCGUGCAUUCUCCAUAUACACAUUUUGCAAAUCGGUACUCUGCCUUGCAAAGAUUGGAUACGCAGUUAAAGGAUAGAUACCAGUUGUCCAAAAUUACAUACCACGAUGAUAAGACGGCAAUAAUUGCGAAAGAAAUUGAUCGUUACCUUGACGAGGUAUCCAACUCGUACGACGAUUGCAUUGAGCAAAAAAGUGCUAUGAUGGUGACUCUCUUCCAGUUGUGGGUGGUCAUGGAUAAAUACGCCGUGCACCAGUUCCCACUACUCAAGGAAUACCGCCCACCCUUUCCGCCAGAAGUGUUAGACAUCUUACAGCUUUCUAAGUACGAUGAUCUAGUUCGGCUUCAGGAGAUACAGCAAUAUCUGCAACAACGUGAGAAGCAGUGUAAAUUCAAAACCCUGACGUUGUUCUCCAACCUCGUGAGCAAUUGCUUCGCGGAUCGAUAUGUUCGCGAUUCCCGAGAUGCUGGCCGGCUGCAACGACUUGAUCGUGAUAUUGCAACCGCAUCUUCUGCGGCAAAGGAACGGAAGAAGGCGGAACUGAGCCGAAUCAAUGAGCAAUACUCAAGCCUUUCCCAGAGGAUUACAACUGCAAUCUGCACUCGAAAACAAGGUCAACCUGGCAUUGGUUGUACCCAUUGCAGGCUCAAGAAGCAGCGAAAGAAGCUGCAAAUAACGGUCCAUGAAGACUUUCUACCCGAGGAGAGCUCAAAGCAAGGCAUUCUUCAACGGAGAGCGAUCCUUUUCGAGCUUGGCAUGCCGCCCUGUUUGGCCGCAUAUCGGGACACAUCAUGGCGGAUAAUAACCAAAUUUGGAAGACCGAGAGAUGAACGUAUGGAGACAGGCUCACCUCCGCCGAGGGAGCUUUUGUCCCGAUGGGACCCUCUAAGACCAUACGCCCAUCAUCACCAAUUACGGUUCCAUUUAGCAUCCACGACGAAACCUUUCCUUGUCUCCCACUAUAAAGGAUCAGCACUCCCGGUCACGAGCGCCCAGGUACUUCUUCCCUUCGGGCUUCAAUUAUCAUACUAUGAUACGAGGGAGGAGAGAUGGGCAUCGCAUUUGUCAUCGGGGUUCACCUUCGCAUAUUCAUUUGGACUCCACCAAUCAAUUCUCACCCUACUGGGACCCGAAAAUGCUUCGGAUUUCGCGGCAGAUGCAGAUGGACGGUCAUCCUACAAAGUAAUGAGUGUUCAGAACAGCUCGCCAGGCAGCCUGACUGCUCAUGAAUACAUGGCAUAUCAGAAUUUACUUGCGGGCAAGGCCUCUCGUUGGCUAUCAAUGCUCCGCGAGUUGGGCUCAUCAAAUAUAAAUUUCAGCUCCGAGCCAACUAUGCAUCUGUUCAACUAUCUUGCGAUGCAAGUCGGUCCAAGCGGUAGCGGAAGACGUUUGCGAAAGGUCCACGAGGUCUUCGAAGACGCCACGUUUUGUGCUCGGCUGGCAACCCAAAUUGAGAGUUUAUUACAAGGAAUCUCGGAUAAUUGGCGAGAGUCGCUCUGCAUGGAGGCAUUGAUAACGUUUGUGCUUCGUCUUUGCUCACUCGGGCCGACGCAAGCAGCUACAGAAGGCAGCAGACUUCUACGAAGAGUACGGGAAAUUACAUUACGAUGGAUACACCGAAUACGUGAGGAGAUAGGCCAGGCAGAAAAUUCAGAUGCUGUGCAACAGCUCGGCAAUUAUACAUUAUUAGCUGGGCUCUUAUGUAAAAGGACAUUCGCAGCUGAUUGUGGUGACUUACAGGAUGAGGGUGCUUUGGAAAUGUUUCUCCGCGCUUGCUUGGCAAUUUCAGAAAACAUGACGCUUACUCCUGAACAGCUCCCAGCCGCAGUCAGAGGAAUGCUUAUACGUGAUAUUCAGAUGACUGUGUCGAUGCACGGGCUGCUCCAGAGCACGAUCCAAUCCCAUCCAGAAAGUCUGCAGCAUGCCAUCAGCAGUGUGUGGCCUGAAACCGCAGAUCGCCAGAGGACGUAUCAUCCUUGGAGAUUCAUCUCGAAAUCUGAUAUGUGGAUGGUCUCAACCGCGAAUGCAUCAGAGACUUCCAGAUCACAGCUAGUCCAUUACCAUAUCUUAGACGGGCAUCUCCUUGUAGACCUAAAACCCGUCGGCAAAUUACCGGCUGAGAUACGGGCCGCAAGUAGUGUCCAAGAGCUAUUUGGAACUCAGCAACUACUCGUUUUCCCAUCCGCCUUGAAAGGUAUGACAUAUGUGCUAUCCACGCUCAAGCACGGACAUCAAAUACAUUUCGGAAUGCAAGAAGGUAAGGUUGUGAUACGGGCCCGCGUCCGAGGCACCACCCUUCAAUUUUUGGAGAGAACAAUUUUUGGCAUCGGCACUAUACCUGAUGUACCGACUCCGCUCCUGAACGAACAUUUCCACUGGCUAGAUUUGGCUUCAGGUGAGGUGGAAUUCAGAAGACGGGCCCACAUGUGGUGGCAUAAACGUCCUAGAAAUUGGAUGCUUAACGUGAGCACACGUCAGGCGGCACGCGGACAAAGCCUCCUGGUCGAUCCCCACAGCAAAUUAUUUCAUCAGAUUGCUGGGAUAUUUGAGCACUUCGAGGCUGCGGACAGGCUGGUUGCUUUUCAGCCAGUCAAAAACAACCUUAGCGUCGAGUUGAGACGAAUGGAUUUAGACUUUACCGUUAAUGGGAAUGGCAAUUUACUCUGCAGACAGCUACGCUCGGAGGUAGAUCCAAACCAGGAUGCGGGAACAUGGUAUGGCUUGGAAAGCAAGAUUGUUCUUCGUGACGAUGAGAAUCAUCAACGUCGGAGUAUUGUCGUGCCAAUUGGUUCAAUACAGUACCGCCGCCACGAUCCUCACGUACUGGUUAGGGUCGUUAAUGACGGUCGAUAUGGGCGAUACUUGAUCGAUAACACACUGGGGCGGCUGGAAUGUCCGCCAGAGCCACUCCUAGUAUUUACAAAAUCGCAACUACAUGCUUUUACUUCUUUCGCUCUGCCCGAUGCCCUCACAGGACGUACCGGCACCGAGGAGGCUUUGUCGUGCUUAGCAUCUGCGCAAAGCCAGCCUUGGACUCUUCUGGGCCCUGCUCAGUGUGUACCCCUUCAAACCAUUGCGAGACUUACACCAGUGAGGAAGUACUAUCCUUCGCAUUUGAAACGACAGCAAGACGUCACCUGGGACGAAAACCUGACGACGACCAUUCAACACGAUCAAUACCGACCUGCCAUUGAGAAUAUUCUGGCAAAGGCGGAGAGGCUCUCUAUGUUUACAUCGCACGAUAUCCAUCGGUUGGAACUGGAACCAGGUGGUGCCGCCUCUUUAAGAGAGAGGAGCUACAUUCGACGUCAUCGAUUCGAACGACCGGACGCCUUUCCAAGACCAACAUUCGCCUCGAUAGGCUCUGGCGAUGCAUCGUAUGACAGCCGAGACAAACUGGAACGGAACAGUGCCACAGGCAAUGUAUUCGAAAUUAUUAAUCUCCUUCACACUAGUCCCUCGCAUAUUUGCACCACUACAAACCUGGCCCAACUUCUUGAUGGAAUUCCGUACAUUAAAGGGUAUAUUGCGAGGUUUCAGAGUCCUCAGCUCAGCGACCUCCUUGAUCUAGACAUCGGCGAAGAAUGGGGAAGACUGUUCAUGCUGUGCCGCGACUCCAAUGGUCUACACAUGGAGUCUAUGUUCACGUUGGGUACCCUGGCAUUCGCGGACAAUGCAAACAUGAGCCUUCUUCGAAGUCUGGCUGCGAUCUGCAUCUUGAAGGAUGCUAAAGACCUCGACCUCCCACUCCAUACUGGGUAUUCUAGAUUUCGAUUAGACGAAAAGCCUACACAAGAAUCUCUCAAAGCAUCAAUAGGCCGGUAUCCUGAGAUACUUAGGGAUGGUGCAAAUCUUGGCAGGCCAUACAAUUCUUCAACCGAAUCUGAAAGCUUCUGUAGUAAUGAGUGCUAUGCACUCGCAAAUAAGCUCCUACGGCAGUGGCCGUGUCGACGACCCUCCAACGUCACGCUAACCGCAACCCAUAUUGACGUCAAUAAGGCCGUUGACAUGGUCCGAACAGAGUGGCUGCGACUCUUCGAGAAUUUUGAAUUGUCACAGAAUCUUCUGGCGAUCCAAAGGGUUCUCAACCAAUAUCAGAGAAGAUCCAAUCCGGUCGCCUCGAACAUGCCUUCGCCACGUCGUCUACGAUAUUCCGCUCCGUCCCGGGGUCUGGAGAUUCCCACAGUAUCUAGCCUUCUUUCAAAGAAUGGCCCGAUAUUAUAUCCACUGAAAUCUUCUCCAUGGCCUACCUUGCCAAGACGAGAACAAUUUGUGCAGCCAGCGAUUGAUUACACUGAGCAUGCAUCGAAUGACACAGCACCACAAAAAACAAGAGACUCACAUGAGGCUGAGGAGCUUUCAAGCAUACUGACAAAGUUGGGUUCUUCGAGAUCUGCUGUACGAAACGCAUACGCGAGGGAUAUGAAAGAUAGUUUAACGGCGUUUCAACGACAAUCCACAGAGCAUGACAUGGUAGAAGUAAUUCCCACUCCCGCUAAUCUUCCGGCUAUCAUUUUAGAAGCCCAAGGUCAAUUGACAGACCAGCUUGCGGAAAUAUGUACCCUCUUUAUCGCCAACGAUGCGCGGUAUAAAUGGCUCCAUGCAGGCCAAUUAUGGCCCUGCACUACCCCGGUAAUCGUGCUUGAACAGCUUAGAUCGACAAACAAGUGUCACUUUGGUCCAGGAAUGAAGGAUGCUCUCUUAAGCUACGGCCUGUCAAUAACUCAUUUGCAACGGCUUUUACGAAUCCAAGAUGCUAGCCUCAAGAACGAUGUACAGCGUCUGCAAGACGAGUAUAACAAUCGUGGGCAUGAAAACUGGGAGCCCAGUGAAUUCCCCGAUUGGCUGCUAAUGGAGAUCGAAGCAAACAUGCUUAUCCGAAAGGUUCAAGUAGCCGUUGCGCGAGCAACAAUACUUCCCGAGUCUAAAUCCAAUUCCGUGCUUCAAUUGAACAUGGGUCAAGGAAAGACGUCAGUAAUUAUGCCCAUGGUGGCAUGUGUUCUGGCCAAUGGCCAUAACCUUGCACGCUUGAUUGUACCCAAGGCUCUGUUGUUACAGACUGCACAAACGAUUCAAUCACGCCUAGGAGGCCUCGUUGGCCGCGAAGUCUACCAUAUUCCCUUCUCUCGGAAAUCACCAACACAGGUUGAAUUUGUUCAAGACUACAAAGCUCUACAUAUGGAGUCAUUGCGUAAAUGUGGCAUUGUUCUUACCACGCCGGAACACUUGCUUUCUUUCAAGCUUUGUGGGAUUCAGUGUCUCUCUGACUCGCGCCUAAAGUCGGCCAGACAUAUGAUAUCUAUAAAAGACUGGCUCACAAGGGUUUGUCGUGAUGUUGUAGACGAAUCGGAUUUCUCGUUGGCUGUUAAGACGCAGCUGGUUUAUCCAAGCGGAACCCAGCUACCGCUAGACGGUCAGCCUUAUCGAUGGAAGAUUGCUCAUGCUUUAUUGAACCUAGUGAAGGAGUAUUUACAGGACGCCCAAAAGGAAUUCCCCUCAAGCGUUGAGCUGGUAAAUCGUGCCAAUGAUGGUUUUCCGUUGAUUCAUAUAUUCCGACCGGAUGUGGAAUUCUUCAUCAACCAGAGGCUGGCCGACGAUCUGUGUUCAGGUCGAACAUCAAUCCUUCCCACACCAGCUGUGGGUUGUCAACAAGCUGUUCGGAGUUUUAUUGCUAACAGUGCAGUUGACCAGUCCGUGGUUACAGCUGCGAUGGAGGCAUUUGUUGACCCGGUGGCUAUUGACAAAAUGUUUCUUCUUCGCGGGCUACUCGGCCAUGAUAUCCUUCUGCAGUGCCUAAAAAAGAGAUGGAAUGUUCAAUAUGGCUUGGAUCCCAAGAGGGAUCCUGUCGCGGUCCCAUUCCAUGCUAAAGGGGUCCCUUCCGAACAAGCUGAAUGGGGCCACCCUGAUGUCGCAAUAGUGCUCACAUGCCUGUCAUUCUAUUAUAGUGGUGUUACGAUCGAGCAGCUACGCCAGUCUCUGCAACAGCUCUCUGACUCCGAUGAUCCAUCCAGCGAAUAUGACCGCUUGACCCAUGAUGUAAAAACCUUACCAGAGCCUCUACAGCACUGGAACUUGAUUAGUAUUGACGACGAAGGCCAGCUUCGCGAGGUCUGGAACCAUGUACGUUACUCUGUGACUGUCAUCAACUACUUUUUGGAUCAUAUGGUGUUUCCAAUUCAUGCAAGGCAGUUUUCACAAAGACUGCAAAUGUCCGGAUGGGAUAUCCCACUAUUUACUACCGAGAGAAAUUCGACGCUAUGCCAGGAAUCCAUGUCAGGCACAUUGACCACUGGAUUCAGUGGCACGAAUGACAACCGGGGGCUUCUUCCCCUGACGAUCCGACAGAAUGAUCUGCCAGAGCUAUUUCACACAAAUGCAGAGGUUUUAACAUACCUGCUGCAGCCGCGGAAUCGACUAUAUGUGCCUGCCACACACUCAGACGGUAAACGCUUAUCUGAACUCCAAUUCAUCAAGAUGCUCCACGAGAUGCGCAUCCGUAUCCUUAUAGAUGCCGGAGCACACAUUCUGGAGCUGGACAACAAAAGCUUUGUGCGGAAAUGGAUGGAAAUUGAUCAUCGUGCUCCAGCAGCGGUUUAUUUUGAUUCAGGUAGUAAGCCUUGGGUUGUAGACCGCAACAACAAAGAGGUCCCCUUAUUAGCGUCACCAUUUGCGGGUAACUUAGAUGGCUGCUUGGUGUAUUUAGAUGAAGCCCAUACGCGCGGCACCGAUUUGAAGUUUCCCCCAUUAGCGAAAGGAGCACUGACACUGAGUCUCGGUCAAACUAAGGACCAAACGGUUCAAGCUGCAAUGAGGCUCCGUCAACUAGGGAAGUCACAAUCUGUGGUGUUCAUUGCCUCGCCAGACGUUCAUCAAAGUAUCCUAGAUGUUGGACAGAAAACAUGCACCAACAAACUAGACUCGGCAGAUGUCGUAGCUUGGCUCCUUGAGCAAAGCUGCUGCAGUAAUGAAAACCUACAAAGAUUAUAUCUCACCCAGGGAUACGACUUCUGCCGUCGGCUCCAAGCUGCUUCAACAUACAAAAACAUUCUUUCGGACCGGCGCCACCAACAAGCUUUCCUAGUUGAGAUAAUACAUCAGGAGCAGCAGACACUAAAACAAUUGCCAAAUAUUAUCCAAGAGUUCCUCAGUGAACUGGACCAGCAGCGUCUUGACCUUGAUACUAGUGGGGUGUCUGCACUCCUAGAAUUUACAGAGGUCGAGCAGGAACGUGAACUUGAGGCACAGGUCGAGGAGGUUCGGGAAGCCCAACAUCCUGUCUUCUUCCAGCCGCUGGAAUUUCCCGGACUCCAACCAGCGGUGCUCAACUUUGCCACCACUGGAGAACUUCGAGGCACCAGUGGGUAUGAGCCAGCUUUUGCUGCACUACAACGAACAGCAUUAGGAAGGAAACACGGAGUCCGCGGUGUGGGAAAAUCGAAACUAUACGUUUCCACCGAAUUCACCAGGACUAUCGUUAGUGCGAGACAUGGUGACUGGUUAGAUGACUUCCUUCGUCCCAUCCACUGGAUCUUGUGGAGCCCCAUUACAAACACAGCUCUUGUUGUUAUACCGGAGGAAGCGGAAUGCCUUAUCCCAACAUUGAGAAUGCAGAAGACGCCGGCAACGCAUCUUCUCGUCUACGCCGCACCAUUCACUAGGAAAAUGACGCUAUUCAAUCAAUUAGAUUUCUACGCAGUCCCACCGCUGAAGGGCGACAAUCGAUUCCCAACAUCCUUGAGAAUAGAACUCGGGAUCUUAUCUGGGCGUCUCUACCUCGAUUUUGAGGAGUACAGAGAGACGCUGCAGUACCUAAGUAUAGCUAGUACUUCCGCUACUGAUGCAGGAAUAUCAGACAAUCCUGCAAUGGCUGAACGCGGUGCGUUUGCAGAUAACUCUCUCGGAUUUUUGCAAGAGUGGUUGGCCGUCACUAGAAAGGGUCGGGAGUUUGGGCAUACCCCUGCGGGCUACAUUUGUCAAGGACGACAGCUUUCCAAAAGUCAUUCGGUCUUCAAAUGGAGCACAAAGACCACACUCAUAGCUGAAGAGUUCUCCAGGCUACAGAUCAAUGACGAUGAUACGAGCCUAAACGGACACGAAGACAGUGAAAUAUUUGACUAG